AUGGCUAUAUUAAAAAUGUUAAAACGUGUCAUGUGCAAAAACAUUGCAACAUGUGGCUCAAGAUUUGUGGGCAUUAUGGGGCCUCUAACAAUCCCACCAUUGCAGAUCGCAACCCUAUAUUAUUUCUGGCAAGAUUAUUCAAGAGUUGUAGAUAAGCGAUAUUGCUCUUGUUCAUGCUGGGAUACUGUAUUUAAAGGCUCAUAUGAAUCUGGUAUCGCUCCUUACAAGCAUAUGUACUUCAAUGCCACCUCAAAUAUGCUGAAAAUAUGGAUGCUUGUAGUCAUCGGAGUGAUUGCUUUUUACGAAACAAUGAAACACUUGGCAAGAUUAGCCAUUAAACAGAGACUCAGACAGUCCAUGAUGCUUCUCUUUUCGACCGCUCUAUUCUCCAAUUAUUAUUCAUGGUGGGUUUACAUUAAUUACUGGAAUGAUGAUUUCUACUCCCAGUGGUACCAUCAAUUGUUCUUUUCCGUCACCGAGUUGAUAUCCACUGCCUGGGUCGUUCAUUUGGCGGAUAAAAAAAAUGCUAUAACUCACAGAAAAGCAUUCGGUAUAGCCGCAAUAGCUCUUUUGCAUAUUAUGGCCGGUGGAUGGGAUCAGUUCUUCGUGAAUGUCGUCAGAGGAGAGGGCCACGCACACCAGGUCAUACGCGAUCUGGGGUUCAUGAUUCCGGAUAUUCUCCACGUCGCCGUUCCAUUGUGGAUGAUUAAAUGGGAGAGCGUCUAUAAUAUUCAUCUUCCCAAUUCUUUAGCAUACAUGUCAAGUAUCGUUGUAAUCGGAUUAUGCAUUUGGUCAUUUUUAUUAUAAUCCGGUGAUAAUUGAGAAGAGCGUAGGUGUCACGCGAUGUGACAAUUUUUACUUAAUCCAUUAUUUCUGGAUAUAAGAAUGGCUUUAUUAAUUUACUAUGUUCUUCCUGAAAGUGGAAUUCCGUGAAACGUCUGACUCGGUCUAAUAUAAACACCAAAUCUUUUCGUCCUUUGCGAUAAGAUUGUUAUCACAGAUUGCAACACGAUACCUUUUAUUAAUAUUACGAACUUCCCGUGAUAGUAUUAUUGUUAAUGUGUUCUGAGAACGAUUUGACUGAGCUUGAGUUACGUGCCUUUUUUUUUAAGUUAUCAUGCUCUGUCAUUGUUCUAUUGUGUACCUUACUGUUGUAUUUAUACAACUCUUUAUACAACUCGAUUUUUUAUUUAUGAAAUAUUUAUAUGUAUUUAUGAUAAAUUAAUUACUUAAGUUUCUAGCAAGUCUUUAUACGAGAUUUGCGAGCGAAAGAAACCAUACUAAAUGUAGCUGAAAACUUUGUUGAUAUUGGAAUCAUCAAAAUUUAGGAUACGUUAUAGACUGCAAACGAUAACGUCUAAAGUUAUUCUAGAUUUAAGUAUUGUAUAUUGCGGACAUAUCACGUAGAUAAUUUAUAUAAACAAGACGUUAUAUAUGCAUAUAUAUAUCUUGACAGACAAGAUUUGUACAAGCAAUGCUAACCAAAAUUAGUGUCCUAAUUCUCAUAGAAAUUACAAUGCUUAUAAAGUGCCUACACAUAAUAUAUUAUUUAUAUGAUUAUUGUUAACUAUGGCGAUAAAUAAUUGCGAGCAGAAGCAGUUUGUGCGUAUUUUAACGGCAAAUACUCAGAAAGAAAGAGAAAAAUACGGUAUGCUUUAAAAAUAUGGAUUUAGAAAAAAGAAAUUAUAGAUCAUAAUUUAAUUUGCGAAUGUUGAUUUUCUAACGUAAUUCAGAACAUGUUAAUUUUUUAAUCUGAUAAUUAGAAAUACAUUUUCUUCGAUUUCUAUAGUGAAAUCUUUGAUGCAAUCGUACGUGCAAUGCUAUUUAUGCAGCAGAUAUAUAUGUCCUGAUGGGUAAUGUAACCGAUUAACGAGCGCAGCUUACAUCAACCAAAGCAUCAAAACUAAUUUUAUUAUUGUAGCGUAUUUAUCGUAAGAUAUUAGGAUAAUUUUUAUCGUAGGAUAUAUUUCGACAAAGUAAUUCCCGAAAAAUAUCUGAGUAGAUAUGUUUGAGUAGAUACGUUUUGACAGUUUAUCUACUUCUAGAAAGACGUAUAAUUGUAGCGUACAUAAAAUUAAUAUAAAUCUCGUCUUGUUAAAAAAAAAAGACAAAAUAGUAUUACGACGUAUAGAGUAAACAAUUGUGUUAAGUGGUCUAACAAUUGUUAAUUUAAGAAUUUGAUUCUGAUAGUAUUUUGUUAUCGAAUAUGAAAAAAAAAACCGAGAGAGAAAUGAAAGUGGCGCAAAAAUACUCGACGAAUUCAGCAAAAAUAUGGUGAUCUGAUUAAUAAUAAUGAAAAUACAAUAAAGCGGCCUAAUUUCCAAAUUGCCUAAUUAUUUCUGACACCCUCGCAAUUACAUGUUUACAAAUUCACGGAGCCUUGAAUCCUGACUCUUUUCCAUCGAAUUCCGCGAGGAUUUAUUAUGCAUGAGAAAGACUCGGACGAGAUAUUCGAAAGAAACGCCAAAAAAAAAAAUAGGAAAGAAAGUCUCUUCGCCUUCUCUACAUGUUGCACGUAUAUGGCUUUAGGUGCAUAUUGCUUCCAAUAGUCCUCGUCGUUUCUCGACUUUAUGUUCACGCGCUGUGUAUACAGGGUGUUUCUAAACCUAUGUUAGAGAUUUUAGGGCGUAUUCUAGGAGUCAAAAUAAGAAAAAAAACAUGGGUCCAAAAAUGCUUUCCUUCCGAAUUAUAGUCCCCUAAAGUUAAUG